GAAGACGCGGAAGCGGCUCCUUCGCGAGCGCCUGUCAUCUUUGUUAUUAGCUAUUUUUGGCCCUUGCUAAUCCUAGAAGUUUGUAACAGUUUCUUUUCUUCGGGAUGGCGCUCCCAUCGCAGCUGAAACCGAUCCAGCACCAUUUAAGAACAGCGCAGGAACAUGAGAAAAGAGAUCCGGUGGUCGCUUAUUACUGUCGACUUUACGCCAUGCAGACAGGAAUGAAACUAGAUAGCAAAACUCCAGAGUGCCGAAAGUUUCUUGUGAAACUAAUGGAUCAGUUGGAAAUGAUGAAGAAGGAGCUCAGCGACAAUGAAUCCAUGACGCAGGAAAUAGUUGGCAAUGCCCACAUUGAGAAUUACGCCUUGAAAAUGUUCCUCUAUGCAGACAGUGAAGAUCGAUCAGGACGUUUCCACAAGAAUAUGAUCAAGUCCUUCUACACCUCAAGUCUCCUGUUUGAUGUGUUGAGUGUCUUUGGCGAAUUAUCAGACGAGAAUAUCCAGCACAGGAAGUAUGCAAAGUGGAAGGCAGCCUACAUUCACAACUGCCUGAAGAAUGGUGAGACUCCGCAGCCUGGUCCUAUUGGAAUGGAGGGGGAAGCAUAUGAUGAUGAAUUUGGUGCAGAGGGUGGUGGUCCUUCAGAAGCUCCUCACAAUCCACCCCAAUCUCAGCCUUCUUUCCACGGCCACCCAUCAAAUCAACCCCCAGCAUCCAAUUUCAGUAAUAUUCAGAUACCUCCUGGGUCUCACGCCCCAGCCAAUACACCUGCAGAGAUUCCCCAUCCAGAAGCACAGCCCGUCAAACCAGUGCCUGUUCCACGAACCAUGCCAGUGGUCGAUCCUUCACUUCUAAACAAUACCCAGGAAGGUAAGCUUUUUGUUUGA